AGCUUUGAUUUACCAAUGAAUUAUUCAUUUGCAGCUCGAACAGAACCACAAGUCCUUUUAACAACAACAUUACGCCCAUCUGACGUAACUCCACACUGUUUCAGAUCGCAAGAAGAAAUCCAUUUCAAAGAUGUUUUUACAAUUAAUUGCAUGAUUCCUGUAUCAUACCAGCUUGAUAAGUUAUACAUUAAUUACAAACCACAGUAUGGAUCUUACAAAUCCGAUGAAGUUUUCAACUUUAGCCUUACAAAGAUGGAAACUGCACAUAAGGGAUGGAACGUUACAGUACUAAGCAACAUCGGUGAUUCGUCGCCCGCACACGUCAAUAUUACAAGGGAACCUGUAAAGUGUGAUAGUGGUGGGGAGUAUACCUUUAUCUUCAUGGCGGCGAUUAACAGUACACAUGAGUUUGAAGUAUCCAAACACACAGAACUCCUAACAAUUGAAAGCAAAGUUUCUGAUGUAAGCUUACAAGUAAAACAAAACAAUGCUUCAGGUGGUUUUUAUGAAGUAUCUUGUUCUGCACAAAGUGCGUGUACGCCUGCACCAAUAACUUUGUUGGGUGUCUUUAUUGGAGACAAUUCAAAGUCACAACCUAUAUUUGGUUCCAACUUUACUUGUAUAAUAAACUACAAUGACAAUGACGGAUGGACCGUUAAAUGCACAGGAACAAUUCCAGAGAAUGUUUAUUCCUCACUAAAUAGCAUUGCAUGUCGGCCAACGACAGGUAACCAAACAGUCGAUGAUAAAAAGGAGAUUGCAUAUGAAAUUUGCAGAGAUUGCAUAUUUAAGUGUCCCGACGAAAUUGGGGAUUCUUACUGGUUUGACCAUAAAAUAUGUAAUAUAUUUCAUCGAUGUUACAACGGAGACUUGUACACGAGACCAUGUCCACCGUCAACAUAUUUCAACACUAAUUCAUGCACAUGUGAUCAUACAAACAAUUUACCAGGAGAAUGUAACGAACAAAAUGAAAGGGUUAAACUGUUGGAAGAAAGAGCAUCUUGUAGCUGAUGUAUUUUAUGAGUAUUCUGAAAACAACUAUUAAAUUGGAUUAUCUUAUACCAUAAUGCUUUGUUAUUCAGGGAAUUGGAAAAAAUAGCGUUAUCUUAUCAGAUACUCAUGAUUCUAAUGAAAAUCUUUCGCUUUUUUGUCGAUUAAAAUUUUCCUAUCAAUAUAGUGUGAACAAAUUACACACCACUGUACUAUACAUUGUGUUUGUUACGCUUGUAAUUGAGCAUUAGAUUUAUAUCUACGGACACAACAAUUGCAACGGACUACAUGUCGCACAAUAAGAUAAAAAUAAGGCGUCGACAAAUAUACACUUUGCUUUUUUCUUUUGUAUAUAAUUAUGUAUUCAUCAUAAUGGCAUUAUAAACACAGCAUAGUGAGCCUAUGGAAACUGAAUAAUUACAGAUUGUUAUUUUAGAGGUUACACAUUGAAAUAAAUUCAUUCAUUUACUCA